GAAAUUGCAAUACAGAUGAAACGAGAUUGACUGCAGGAGAUUCAGAUUCCUAUAACAACGGAUAUAGAUUUCCGGGACUGCAUGAUCUUACUAUCCAAUGGUUUCAAUAUUUUUGUGGGUUACCAAAACACUAUUUGAUUUUUCGGCUGUUGAACUCUUUUUUUGGGGGUUUAUACAUUUAAUACCAUUAAUAUUCAAGAAAACACUCUUAUUUGAAGCUGCUUUCAUUGAAUAACAAUAAUAAAAGACCUUGAUCAUAAAUAGCAAACUAAAUAAAAAAAUAAGAAAAAAAAUUCAAGUUCUCUUAAUGAGCUAGCUAAUUAAAAAGAGUUACGUCUUUCUUUAUUUAGAGUUGAAUGAAUGUGAUGAUUGAGAAAAAAGGAAAAUGAGAAAAAGAAAAAGAAAAAGAAAAGUCUGUCCGAAGAAGAUUUGCAAGAAGGUGCGUGAAGGCAAACACAAUGCGUAUUGUGUGGUGAGCAGCCUCUGACCACAAACCAAACCUUUAACGUCUCUCUAACACAACAGUUGCAUGUGUAAUAAAAUCCCACACAAUAGAAUAGAAGAAGAUACCUCGGAAUCUUCGAUUCUUCCCUCAUAUUUAUCCUUCACACUUCCCUCCAUAAUAAUAACAACAAACUCUGCAUCUCCAAUCUCCAAUCUCCAAUCUCCAAUCUCCAAUCUCCAAUCUCCAAUAUAAUAAAGAGAAUGAGAGCGCUAAAUUCGCACGUGCUGCUCAUAGAUCUCCACUACCACCACCACGUGCCUACCUCAACACUCGCUUACCUCAGAAACUCCCACUUCAUAUCCUCCCUCCGUCCACGUUCCCGAAAAGCCGGUCUCCGAUGUUCCGCCUCGCCGGAGAUUCGCCGCCCCUCCGAUCGCUUCUACGCCUCCUCGCCCUCCACUUCGCGGCCGGAGGACCUCAACCUCUUUCUCGAACUCCUCCCUCUAAAGAUGCGAAGGGAACUCUAUCGCCACAGCGAAAUCGGAGGCCUCAUAGAGGUCGUCAUGGACUUGGGCCGAAAGCCCCUCGCAAGGUUCCCCUCCGGGGAUUGGGUCAUCUCCGAACAGCCCAUCGUGCACGAGGAUUUGCGCCACGCCAUUUCCAAGGUUGGUGAGUUUGCGGAUGACAACCGGUCGGGUAUUGAUAGGUCUUUGCAUCGGAUAAGUGCGAUUCGGAAUCGUAAAAUGCAAAUCAUUGGGCUUACUUGUCGGGUGGGUCGAGCUGUGAAUGGGAGCGCUGAAAUCAUACGUGAUUUGGUUGAGGAUGGAGGUUCUAUUUUGGUCAUUGGACCUCCUGGAGUCGGUAAAACAACCUUAAUCAGGGAGAUUGCUAGGAUGCUGGCUGAUGAGUUCAGGAAGCGUGUUGUAAUAGUGGAUACAUCGAAUGAAAUUGGAGGUGAUGGAGAUGUUCCUCAUGCAGGAAUAGGCACGGCCAGGAGGAUGCAAGUUCCAAACGUGAAUAUGCAGCAUAAUGUUAUGAUUGAAGCAGUUGAAAAUCACAUGCCUGAAACCAUUAUAAUUGAUGAAAUUGGAACAGAGCUUGAAGCAUUGGCAGCCAGUACCAUUGCUCAAAGAGGAGUUCAAUUGGUUGGAACGGCUCAUGGAAUGACCAUUGAAAACAUAAUAAAAAACCCUUAUCUUCAGAAUCUUGUUGGUGGCAUAGAGAGCGUUACCCUUGGGGAUGAGGAAGCCAGGAAAAGGAAAGUGCAGAAGACAAUUCUUGAAAGGAAAGGACCUCCUACUUUUACAUGUGCAGUUGAGAUGAUAUCUAAAACUGAAUGUCGUGUUCAUCAUAGAUUAGAUGCAACUGUGGAUGCCAUUUUGGCAGGAAAACCACCAUUAUUUGAAGUCCGUCAAUGGGAUGAUUCUGCCAAUGAUUUGCUAAAAUAUGCUCCAGAGCCUGAAAAUAGUCUUGGAAAAACACCUGAUUUAACUAACAAUAAUAUCACGAGUUCUGACAUUGCAUCUGGUAAGGAUGAUAAAGACCAUACACGUACUUGGUCCACAAAAUGGAGUACUAGUGGAUCUGUGAUAAAGAGGAGUUCACCGAUGCAAGUUUAUACUUAUAAGAUUCUUGAAGCUGAUCUAUUACAAGUAGCAAAGGUAAUGGGGCUUGAAGAUGUAGUAGAUGUGACUGAUGACAUUGGAUCUGCUGAUGCAAUUCUAGCAUCCAGUUCUGAGAUACGACAGAACCCAUGGAUUCGUGGCGUUGCAAAAUUCCAUCAUGUACCUGUAUUUGUUAUCAAGUCCAACACCAUGGCACAAAUGGUAAAAGCAGUUAGAAUGAUCCUUGGGCUAGAAUCCUUUAGCCAUACACCAAAGAAGCCAUUAAAUGACAGCUUGGAUAUUGAAAUUGAGGAUGAUGAACCAAAACGAAAACCAUCUCUGGAAGAGAUUGAUGCCUUGGAGGAGGUCCGGCUUGCAAUAGAGUACAUUGUGAUUCCUGGUGGAGAGCCCGUGGAACUUCUUCCUAGACGUUCUGAAAUCAUUGCCCGGCAGCUUGAACUUGUGCAAAGUUAUCAGUUGGCUGCUGAAAAGUCAGGUACUGAACAGAACCCCAGGUUGCAGAUUCUUCCCUUGAGGCUAAAUACAAAAAAACCCUCUAAAUCAACUUCUAUUUCCCGCAAGAAAACAAGUCCUACCUCAGCCUCUACUGGCGCCAAUGCCAUUGUCACCAGGCUUCCUAUUUUGCCUGAAUAAUUCAUUUUUUUUUCCCAAUUCUAACUUAUUUCACUUCACUGGUACGUACAUGUAUGUAUGCAACAUGUACAGUCAUGCAAGUGGUGUAAAUAAUUUAUUUAUAGCCAAAAGGCUUGUAUUAUAGCUCAAUUGGGGUGUGACAUUUAUGACGGAAGUUUGAUCCUCCGCCAAACUGCCGUUUCUUGUACCCAGGUAUAUAUACUGAAAAUAUCAAUCCACAUAAAUGUAAUAUUUCAUGAUUUUACUCCAAUUAUGUUCAAUGUAUUAUGGUACACAUGUAUUAGUUCGUUAA